AAGGAAAUGUAGAACAAACCUUCUUACGCUUGCCACAAUGCCAUUUGUUAUCAUAUCCACUCAAAUUAGAUUGGAAAAAGGACCAACAGUUGUAGGGGAUGCAGAUAGUGAUCCAGAACUUAUGAAGUUUCUGGGAGCAGAGCUUGUGCAGCAACUAGGAAAUGAUUUCUCCCAGUAUGAAGUAUCAUGUAGUCCAAGAGUAGUUUUAAACCAACUGGAGAAGAAAGGAUAUAAAGUUUUGGGUAUGACAGGAAUAGGGCAGACUUGCAUAUGGACUCUUCACCUGCCUUUGGAACAGUCCACGCAAAAUGAUGGAGACUUUUGAAUUGUGUAGGCAUGUACAAAAAAUGUAAAUGCACUGUAUGAAGCUUGGGAAGUUGACUUAUAGUUAUACAUAUCAAACCAUAAAUUUAUACCAUAAAUUCAUUGUAUGUUAAAAAUGAGAUGCAUCAUUUGUUUAAAGGGUAUGGAGGCUAUUGAUAAGUGCGAGAAUAAAGAGAUUUUUGUUAUUGAUAAUCAACGCAAUUAUUACAUUAAUAAAAUUCAAGAAUUGUUCAAGAAAAUAUGUUCAGAUGCAAGGCAUAAACAGAGUUUACAUUGGGCUGCUGCUUUGAACAUUAACGUGAGCUUCAGAGGUGUAGAAGAAGCUUUCAUUUAAGCCUUUUUUAUAUUCUUAAUCAAACUUUAUAUACUAGUAAAACAACAGGGUUUGUGAAUGUUAUCUGAAGAACAGUUAGCAACGGAUUGUUGUGAGUUAUUUAUCAUUCCAAACCAUGAAACAACACUACAUAUAACCUCACC